AUGGAUGUGGAAUUGAAGGAAAGAAAGGUAAAGGAAGCCGAGAGAUUGAGAAAGAAGCGGAGCUUUCCGUUUAGUUUGUUCUAUCAUCCUGAUUACUAUGCAUCUGCAGAGAUAUUUAUGCAGCUAGGAAAUUCUGAGGAUGAUGUUGAGAAGAAAGUUGAGUAUUAUGAGGAGGCAGCAAAGACACAUGAGAUGGAUGAUGGAGAGUACAGUAAAUAUCUAGCAUCACAAGUUUAUGAAAAGAUAGGAGAGACAUGUGAGCAGACUAAUAAACGCAAGGCAGUGGAUGCAUACACGAAGUCUGGAGAGUAUUCGAAGAGAUACGGAAGAGAUAGUUUGGCAGCAAUAUGCUUCCAGAGGAUAUCGAGUCUAUUGAAGAGUGAGAAUGAGAUAGAAGCAGCAUAUACCUACUUGACAAAGGUUGUAGAAUGCUAUAGUGGGAGUGGAUGGAAACAUCAUCGAAUAAAAGCGAUGAAAGAUGUUGCAGAGACUUGUAUAGAGCUUAAGAGAUAUGGAGAGGCCUCAAAGAUAUACAUUAAAUUGAAUGGGAACAUGGAUCUGUUCUGUGCGUUUCUUUGUCAAAUGAUUGAAGGAGUGCCUACAGAUUUACAAGUGAGUGGUGAUGAAGAAAAGUUAUGUAAAGCAAUUGAGGAAGGGGGAGACAAGGCUAUGAAUGCCAUAAAUGAGUAUAUGCUUACGCAUGCAAUGAGCAGGGAGGUGAAGAUGCUUCUUGAGAUUAUUCUUUCAAGGUUGCAACCCGAGAAUGAUAUUUUGUAA